UUUGGUUUAAAGCGUCCGAGGGCGGCAGGUGGCGAUCUGUGUGCAUGGGACCCUGCGACGUCGGGAGAUGCUGCAAUGCAAUUGUCCCACACCUCCCUCUGCAUUACUCAGCCUACAAACCCACAGGAGAUAAUUAGUUCACAUUUCCAAACAGAUGCACAACUCGUGGCGCUGUUUCCUGGUUAUUAGAUUGAUUUAAAAAUCAGAGUAGCGGAGGUUGCAAGCGCUAGUGAAACAUUGCAGGAGAGUGACGGGUGCGGUUCUAAUAAGCUUGGAGGCGGUGCAAAUUGGAGUCGCCAAUCUCCGCGCAGCCACAAUACAGUACCUACCUGCACGCUCGCCCGCCUAACUUUCGAUGACGCCACGAUCGAAGGUCAGCUGACUGGGCCUCGCGCUCCCGAGUGUUGAGGGAGGGGUGUAGCUUCGGUGUCGGCGGCACGCCUGGGCGAAACCGAGCGUCAACCGAAAGUGGGUGUUAAAUCGGGGACUGAGAGCUAAGAUCCCCCGCCCCUUGUCCGAGUCAACAGCUGACACCUUCUUCAGCAAUUGCCACACUUGCCUCCUGGUUUUUUAAAUCGCCACCCACGUCUCUGAGCGUGAAGGCAGCAGCGGCCUGGAGUUAGACUCGUGUCCCAGUUAGACAGACCCUUCCCCUUUCAGCUGCCUGCUGGCCGGCCGCUGAGGUGACCUGGGACCAGGAGAAAUUGAAGGUUUUGUCCGCAUAGGGGAAUUUUAUUGAAACCUUUCCAAAAUGAUGCCGAUGAUAUUGACUGUUUACUUGAGCAGCAAUGAGCAGAGUUUUGCUGAAGUCCCCAUAACCCCUGAAACAACAUGUCGAGAUGUUGUUGAAUUUUGCAAAGAGCCUGGUGAGAUUGGUUGCCACUUGGCUGAGGUGUGGCGAGGGAAUGAGCGUGCUAUUCCUUCGGAUCAUAUGAUGUAUGAACAUUUGCAAAAAUGGGGACCUCGUAGAGAAGAAGUGAAAUUCUUUUUGCGACAUGAGGAUUCGCCCAAUGAGAGUAGUGAGCAAAGUGGACGUCAGUCUCAAGAUCAGUUAAACAGAUGGAAUGGAAUAAACCUAUCUGCAGAGCAUUUUGAAAAUGGGGGUGGUAAUCCUCGAGUAGAGAUGACCCUUUCAGAGCUGCAAGAAAUGGCUUCAAGACAGCAACAUCAGAUUGAGGCACAGCAACAGAUGUUGGUAGCCAAGGAGCAACGUUUACGUUAUCUGAAACAGCAAGAGAGACGCCAGCAGCAGUCCGUUUCAGAAAGUGACAAGUUACAAAAACUAAAAGAACGGAUGGAGAGCCAGGAAGCAAAGUUGAAGAAGAUACGAGCUAUGCGAGGACAGGUGGACUACAGUAAAAUUAUAAAUGGCAAUCUUUCAGCUGAAAUUGAGCACAUUAAUACUAUGUUUCAUGAGAAGCAGCGAGAGUUACAGUCAGCUGUGUUGAAAGUUGAUCAACUGACCCAGCAACUCGAUGAUCUGAGGAAAGGAAAAACAAAUGGAUUGCAUUCUUACAAUGGUCAAAUGCCAGGCCCUGCUGCACUUGAAUUGAAAAAAUUGUAUCAGGAGCUGCAGAUUCGUAAUAAACUUAAUCAAGAACAAAAUAUAAAACUUCAGCAUCAAAAGGAGCUGCUUAAUAAACGUAACAUGGAAGUGACUAUGAUGGACAAAAGGAUUAAUGAACUUCGUGAGCGAUUGUGGAAGAAGAAAACUGAUGCACGCCAAAAGGAAAACAUCCCUCUAAGUCAUAUUAAUGGAACACAGUCCUCCCAGACCCAUUCUAAUACCUCAGGGCGAGUGGCUGCUGUGGGACCUUACAUUCAAAUAUCUACUGGAACUAGACCACAGGGUAAUCAGUCAUCACCUGUGGAGAUGCUGAAACCUCAAACUCUGACUGUAACUAGCAAUGCUGGCCAUCCUAUAACGAGAGGAAAAUCUGCUAAUGAUGGAAGCUGGCCAACACCCCCACCAGGAUCUGUUGCCAUAGGGAAACUACCUCCAACGGCAAAAAAUGACUGGAAGGAAUCCAACAUGGAUACAGUUUUGAAGCCAGGAACUGGGUCAAGUCAGGUCCUGUCCACUUCUUCAACUGUUCCAAGCAGUGAGAAAAUGGGUAUUGAACCAGGAAGAGUGCCUCCAGCUGCACCUAAUGCAGUAAAGCAACUGCCUCAGUCUUAUGGACCUCACCCAAAACCUCUCGUGGCUAUUGGCUCUACAAAUUCACUGGAAAGAAUGAAAGAUACAACUCAGCCCCGACCUAGUAUGGGGUCACUUUCUAACAUAGCUACAGAAAACUGGCAAAGACCUACCCAGCCUCAAACUCCUGCUAGCACAUUUCAGGCUGGUACCUCUCAACAAAUUCAGCAGAGAAUUACUGUACCUCCAAGUCCAACUUAUCAGUCUGUUGGUUCACCAUUGUUCCCCACUGGAGAUAACAGACCCGAUCCACCACUAGCAGUAGCUGUAAGACCAUUCUUGGCUGAUAAAGGCUCAAGACCACAGUCUCCACGAAAAGGGCCUCAAACUGUUAACUCCAGUUCAAUCUAUUCGAUGUACCUUCAACAAGCUACGCCACCAAAGAACUAUCAGCAAUCUGCAUAUAAUACCUUAAACAAAGCACAUACUGUUAAAGCAAUGUAUGGGAAGCCUGUAUUGCCAUCAGGAUCAGGAUCGGGUUCUGGUUCAGCUUCUCCAUCUCCAUUGCCUUUUGCUCAUCCCCAGCCGUCCUAUGGUUCCCAUCCCCAGGCAACUGAUGAAAUCCAAAUGAAUGGGAAGGAACCAGAACAAGAGAACUUGCCAAGCACUAAUUCGAAUGUUGAAAACAUCCCACGUCCUCUCAGUCCUACAAAGCUAUUGCCAAUUGUGCACUCACCACUGCGUUAUCAAAGUGAUGCUGAUCUGGAAGUUCUAAGGAAAAAACUGGCUCAUGCACCAAGACCUCUAAAGAAACGCAGUUCCAUAACGGAGCCAGAAGGGCCUAGUGGACCAAAUAUUCAGAAACUGUUGUAUCAACGUUUUAAUACUCUAGCUGGGGGUAUGGAUAACACACCAUUUUAUCUCCCUAGUAACUCGCACGACUUUGUCGGUGCUUUAACAGAUGUUGAUAAUGGUAACACCAGCGUAGUGGAGUCUGGAUCAGUCCAGCCUGAACCAAUAACUCAGCUUGAAAAUCAACCAUCAUCAGAUGCCAAUGAUAAUCAGUUGCCUUCUCCACUGCAUUCUGAAUUAAUUCAGACAGAUAACAAUGACAUCCCUGCUACAGUGGAGGAUAAUAAUAAUAAUCCUGCUGUUGUUCAAACAGAACAGCUAUCAAGCCCUAUACCAGAGGCUGUAUCACCAGAGGAAGAUGUUCCUCCACCACCUGCUGUCCCACCACCACCAGCUAUUAAACGUACAAAUUUAAAAAAGCCUGAUUCAGAGAGAACAGGAUGUGGAAUGAGGGUAAAAUUUGAUCCUCUUGCUUUACUACUAGAUGCUUCCUUAGAGGGAGAAUUUGAUCUUGUGCAACGCAUCAUUUAUGAGGUUAAUGAUCCCAGUCAACCUAAUGAUGAAGGGAUUACGCCAUUACAUAAUGCCGUUUGUGCUGGUCACCAUCAUAUUGUGAAAUUCCUUGUUGAUUUUGGUGUAAAUACAAAUGCAGCGGAUAGUGAUGGAUGGACCCCACUACACUGUGCUGCUUCAUGCAACAGUGUCCAACUCUGCAAGCUCCUUGUGGAAUCUGGUGCUGCCAUUUUUGCCACUACAAUUAGUGAUGUUGAAACAGCAGCAGAUAAAUGUGAAGAAAUGGAAGACGGUUUUGUACAGUGCUCGCAGUUUCUUUAUGGAGUGCAAGAAAAAAUGGGUGUCAUGAACAAAGGUGUUGUUUAUGCUUUGUGGGAUUAUGAAGCCAAGAACAGUGAUGAAUUAUCAUUCCACGAAGGAGACCCUCUGACAAUUGUGAGAUAUAAAGAUGAUGUUGAAACAGACUGGUGGUGGGCUCGUUUUAAUGAUAAAGAAGGCUAUGUUCCUCGUAAUCUGCUUGGGUUAUAUCCAAGAAUAAAACCUCGACAACGAUCUCUGGCUUAAAAUCAUUUAGCCUUUCCGAUUAGAACCUGGAAUAGACAGACACAACACUCUUCAUAUUGGGGGUGUCCUCCAACCAGAGGAGAAAGUAGAUAUUUAUGUGCUGUGAUUUGGAUAUGCAGUAGUUUCUUUUAUGGUGCUUUUUCUUUGAACAACACCUACAUAUAUAUGCUGGCGUGUGCAUGCACACAGCCCAUUUGCUUACACUCAUGGAUCACACAGUGGUAGAGUGACCUUGUAGUUGUCAAGAAAUGGUAUCAAAGAAAAUGUUUCAUACAAACCUGGUUUCAGAGAGAAUUUUAAUUUAUAGAAUGGCUGUGUGGAUGGACUUGGAUUUAAUUUGGUUUAUGAUACAACUGUGCAAGAAUUUUGGAAUGUAUGCUUGAACAUGAAGGAAAAUUUAUUAUAAUUGAGACAGUGGCUUUUGCAAGAUGUGUACUGCCAGAAUUGUUGAGGUAAAUGAAGUGUAUGUGAUUAAUGGAAUGGUGUAUGUGAUUAAUGGAAUGAAUGGGAGAAGAGCACGAGAAUAUUGCAAAACAUUAACCUAUGUUGCCAAUGGAAAUAAUGCAAUAACUUACCCAAUGUUUGUUGCAGAACACUACAGCACUUGUUAUAAGUAUUCAAAUAUUUCUAUAUUAAAGAGCCUUAUUUUUUCCAAUAAUAUUUCUUUGAAACUUUAGCUGCAGUAAGCUUGAUAUUUGGCCUGAAUACCAUGUUCCAGAUUUCAUCAUUUAAGUUGUUAACUGAGCACUGUAGUAUUGAAUGUAAAUAUUGUGAUGUAUAAGAUUUUAACAGUGAGCUAUUAUGUAUGUGACAACUAAAUUUUUCAUAGUUGAUAGUAAUGCACUGCUUAACAACUGUUAUGUAAACACAAUAAAAUACAAUGGCAUGAACAACAGCGUUUCUAGUUGAUU